GCCAGCAUUUGCAUCAUCAAUUUUGAGGUUCACGGCUUGAGGAUAUCGCCUCUGCGCCUCAACUCGAUUGAGCCGGCGUCUUCUGGCGUCUCUUACGCUUUUCCAAUCUUUUCCAAACCUUCCCAGUACCACCCAAGCGCGCGCCACCUUCUACUCUUAAACGCGCCAGAUCACCGCGAUCUAUGGGGGGUCUGAACUCCCAAUAGGCCUACCUGCCCUGUGGGCUUCAAGCCAUCAUGGCAACGAAAAUCUUCGUAUUCGGCAAUGCCAAUGGCCAACUCGAAGCGGCCUUCAACAAGCUGAGCACCUUGCAUGCGAAAAACAACUUCUCCCUUGCCAUUGUGACGGGCAACCUCUUCGCCGAGGCCGAAGACGACGAUGCCGUCGCCGCGCUCCUCGAUGGCCGAAUCUCGGUUCCAUGUCCGACAUACUUCACGGUCGGCACACACGCAUUACCCCCGCCGGUUGUUCAGAAGAUUGAGAGCGACGAGGAGAUUGCGCCGAAUCUACACUACCUUGGAAAGAGAAGCGUGACCAAGACCUCGGAGGGGCUGCGCAUCGUGGCGCUGGGCGGAAUGUUGGACACGACGAUUGUUGGUGGGCAAUCUAAGGAGCAGCACCUGCCAUUCCACACGCUAGACGACGCAAAAGCUCUGCGAGGCGCAAACUCUGCUGAUAUCCUCCUCACAGCCCUGUGGCCGGCGGGUGUGUGGAAAGGGUCGAAUGUUGCGAUGCCGGUCGAGCCUGCCAAUAUCCCGGCUACGGAUUCAGUCGCGGAUUUGUGUGCGGCGCUAAAGCCACGGUAUCACCUUUCUGCGUCACCCGGGGAAUUCUUCUACGAGCGAGAACCUUUCUUUUUCCCACCAGCAGAUGAUGGGGGCCAGCCGACUGGCGAAGUGACGCGCUUCAUCUCCCUAGCUCCAUUCGGCAACACAUCCAAGGCCAAGGCCCUCUACGCCUUCUCUCUCCAGAAUGAGACGCCGGUUUCCUUACCACAAGGGAGCACAUUAUCUCCCUUCUCCCGCCCUGCCUCCGGGAAGAAGCGUCCGGCAGCAGAUUCCGGCUCCUACUCUCGCUUCGGAAACGGGCAUCCGAACGAGCACAAGCGGCGUAAGAGUUGGCGGGAUCGAUCACCACCACCCGGACCCGACAAGUGCUUCUUUUGCCUGUCGAACCCCAACUUGUCCACCCACAUGGUGUGCAGCAUCGGCGACGAAUGCUACGUCGCCACGGCCAAGGGCCCCUUGCCGUCCGCCGCCACCUUCAAGAACCACGGCCUGGAAUUCCCGGCCCACGUGGUCAUCGUGCCCCUGACGCACGCACCGACGGUGACCACGGCCGCGAUGGGGGAGACGGACGCCGCAAACACGUUCAAGGAGAUGUCGCGCUUCCGCGAGGCGCUGCAGGCCAUGGUGUCGUCGCAGACGAAGCAAAAGCUCGGCGCCGUGACGUUCGAGAUCAACCGCGCGAGGGGCAUCCACGCGCACUGGCAGUUCCUCCCCGUGCCGGCGAACAUGGUCCAAAAGGGCCUGGUGGAGGCCGCCUUCCGGGUCGAGGCGGAGAACCUGAAGCUCCCCAAGUUCGAGGUCAAGGACUUCGGCGUCGGGGACGAGGUCGGCGGCGACUACUUCCGAGUGUGGAUUUGGGCCGAGGAGGACGGCGGCGACGACGACGGCGGGCGGAUCAUCGGCAAGAGCCUCCUGAUGCGGUUCGACGAGGGCGUCCGGUUCGAUCUGCAGUUCGGUAGGCGCGUCCUCGCCAAGCUGCUCGGCCUUGAUAGCCGGUUGAUCUGGCAGGACAUACAGCAGACGGAGGAGGAAGAGACUGCCGAGGCCAGGGCGCUCCAGAAGACGUUUAAGCCGUGGGAUUUCACGAUGGCGGAUGCUUCGUGAUGGUCCGUCUUUCUGCUGGGCUGCAUGGGACUGGCGAUCUGGCGAACGAGUAGACUCGCCGAUGGGGUGGAUAUUCGUCGAUCUUGGGAGGAUGUACGAUAUUCAAAAAUAGGUCCCUAGGUAUACCCCUGGGAGCUUAACACCGGUAGACGGUAAAAUCGGAUAGAGCAAUAAUGGCGUUGAGCCAAAACUGCCCCACUAUGGGGGCCAAUCUAUCAGCUUAUCUUAUCGCUCUUUGGCCUUAUCGGCUCAGCGAGGUGGGAAAAAAAAUCGAGAUCAUUGCCAGCUC